UCGCCGCCCCCUGAUUGGUGCUAUUUGGCUCCGCCUUUUCCACCAAAGUAGAGAAGGCCUCGAUGCCCUUUUCCUCGUGUCAAACCGCCACAGUACGUACGCGAACGUCGCAGUGGAAUGGUCAUUCCAUCUGCACAAUCUCCUUCACCUCGAAUUCAUUAAAAAAAACUCCACCAAAAGUCAGACGUGACAAAACAACGCGAAAAUCAAAACAAUAAUUGCUCCAAAAAUCUGUUGAAAAAUAAAACCACCUCCAGUCUCAACAAAACAAGUUAAUCAAAAAAUUGUUCAAGUUCCAAGUGUUUAAAAAUCAAUCCAUAAAAAAUGUAAACAGUGACAACAACAAAGUGUUUUAAAUCCCUCCAGGAGUACAUAAUUAAAAUACCUAAACAAAUAAAAAUAAAAAAGCCCCACUGGAUGUCGUGUGUGUAAAAGAUGCAUAGUUGAACCCCUCGUACGUCAUCGGUAAUUCUGCAUACGGGGGUGACGAAUUUCUCCCACAAGGUGUUUCUCUCCCACCGGCGUCAAGUGUUACCAGUUUAAUAAACCUUACGACAAAACAACAAAAGCUAAACAAAUAAUCAUGCAGUCAGUGACACCGAAACUCCUCGCUCUAAUGAUCCUCGUGAUUGCGAGAUACUACGGCGCAGAAGCUAAUUGGUGGUAUUUGGGCCUUGAGCCUGGAAUAGCUGGGUCUGAGGGCGUACCAGGCGGUCCCGACGGUGCGCCAAAGAUUGGCGCGGGUGUCAUUGGUCCAGCGAGCGCCGAAAGGAACUGCAAGAGCUCACACUUGACUGUCAAACAGCAGGGGAUAUGUUCACGCUCGCCUCCGAUUCUUCAGGCAAUAAGUGCAGGGGCUAGGCUUGCGAUAGAGGAGUGCCAGCACCAGUUCCGCUCAGCCAGAUGGAACUGUUCAAUUUCACCGGAAAAUCCCGAGAAUAUAUUUGGCGGUGUUAUGCUAGUCAACAGUCGUGAAGCUGCUUUUGUGUACGCAAUAUCGGCAGCUGCUGUCGCUUACAGCGUAACCAGAGCGUGCUCCAGGGGCGAACUCACCGACUGCUCUUGUGACAAUCGAGUGAGGACGCGUCAUCCAAAUAAUUGGCAGUGGGGUGGCUGUAGUGAGGAUAUACAUUUCGGUGAGAAACUCUCGAGGGAAUGGUCGGACGGUGCAGAGGAGCCGGUGAAGGAUGGAGUGGUGCAGGGACCCAAGACCCUUGCGGGACAACUCAUGAGGAAACAUGACAGUGAGGCUGGAAGGCGAGCUGUGCGCUCGAGGAUGCAGCGUGUUUGCAAGUGUCAUGGGAUGAGUGGCUCGUGCAGUGUGAGAGUAUGCUGGCGAAAACUCCCGGUGUUCAGAAUGGCAGGCACAGCCCUGGCAGCCCUUCACGAGGGCGCCGCAAUGGUACGUGUGGCACAGAAAGGCGGAAGACGACAACCCAGACUGAGGCCGGCUCGCGCUGAUCUCAAACGACCAAAUAAAACCGAUCUGGUAUAUCUCGAAGAUAGUCCUGAUUACUGCGAGCGAAAUCUCACUUUAGGAAUACCAGGAACAAGGGGUCGAAUAUGUAACCGAACCUCAAUGGGUCUGGACGGCUGUCGACUUCUCUGCUGUGGUCGUGGUUACCAAACUCGAGUGCGCGACGUCACGGAAAAGUGUAAAUGCAGAUUUGUAUGGUGCUGUAGGGUGCAGUGCGAAUUAUGUCGGCACACGCGUGAGGAGCAUGUCUGCAAUUGAGCAUUCCCUCUUCCUUCCCAAAAACACGAGAGGAAUUCAACUUAACUUAAUCUAGAGAUUAAUCUUUCUCUUAAAUCCGACUGCAAGAUGAAAUACAGAAAAGAAUAAAAGAAAAUACGAAAAAAAAAGAGAGAAACGAAAGAGUGAGAGAGGCAAAAUGUUGCAUCGCUGUGUAUGAAAGAUAUUUAAUUAAUUUCUAAUUACCUAGAUGGGAAAAUUACGCUGAUUAAAUACGUAAUUAUGGGCGUGAUUUUAAUGUGUCAAUGGUUGUCCUGUUUUUUAAUUUAUCUGUGGAGCCUCGGAGUUUGCUAAGUGAAAAAGAUAAUAUCAAUUCUGCCAAUGAAUGUACAUAAACUCCUUUUUUAUUACUUUAUAUUAUUAUAAAAAAUACUAAACGUGUAUAUAUUUAUAGAGGGAUUUUAUUCUGAGUUGAAACGUGAAUUGAAUCCCCCAAAUAGCCCUGCGUCCAAAUGAAUUAAUUAAGUAAAAAAAUGUGUCUAAUAGGAAGUGUUCUAUGUGGUGACUAUUCUCUCCUUUAUGACGAUAGUUAGACAAUAGAUGGACGUUAAUGAUAGAUAGACAGUAGUAUUAAGAAAUUUAGUAUAGAGUUUAAUUAUUAUUAAAUGAAAAAAUACGACGAUAUACAAAGCGCAGUAUUGACAAAUUGUAAUUUAUUUUCCUCACGAUAAUAUAUAUAUUAUAAAUAUUAUAUAUAGCUUUAGCUUUUUCUAAUGUGUCAAAUACUUUCUUAGGUGGUACUACCAGUAAUUUGAUCGACAUAGCCCUAGGCUGAAACCUGUAUUUUUAGGCUUAAUAUAUUUGUAUAUGUAUGGCCACGUAUAUAUUAAGUGUAUUUAUAAAAACAUAAAUGAAACACCAUUUGUCCA